AUGGCCUCUCUCGCAGCUUUAGAUUUAUUCAAUGUACAAGGCCGUGUCGCGGUGGUCACAGGCGGAAGCAGCGGAAUAGGGCUUAUGAUCUCUAAAGGACUCGUCCAGAAUGGCGCAAAGGUCUAUAUUGCUGCAUUGCCAAGUGAUCCCAUCGCCGACGUCGUUACCGAGCUCAACCAUAUGGGGCGAGAUGCUGGUGGUACCGCAGAGGGUUUCAUAUGCGAUGUAUCAUCUAAAGAAUCAAUAUCUGGACUUGUCCAGCACAUCUCUCAGAAAGAACAGUCCUUGGAUAUACUAAUCUCGAAUGCGGGCAUUCGUCGCGACCCUCCACAGGCAUGCAAUGUCCUGACAGCGAAUUUGGAAGAGCUUCAAAAGUCGAUGUGGUCCAUCGAGGAGAAAGACUGGGAAGAUACAUUUCGAGUGAACUCGACGGCUCAUUACUUCCUAAGUGUUGCUUUCCUUCCCCUUCUCGCUGCGGCAGCCGAGAAGCAGACGGGGAACGGAGGAAAAGGUCGCGACGAGGGAAAAGGUGUGAUUAUCAUUACCAGCUCUUGUGCCAGUAUGCACAAUGUGACAAAUGUCGAUUUGACUAGCUACGCUACCAGUAAGGCGGCUACCGACCACUUAGUCAAGUUGCUGGCAGCGAAAUAUAAUCGCUUCUAUGUCCGAGUGGUGGGCAUGAACCCGGGAUUUGUCCCAAGCAAUAUGAAUCCUGUCGGUACUGAAGGGAAUAUCUUCAGUUCGCUGUUUGACAAGGUUCCAGCAAAACGGGCGGGCGCCUCCGAAGAUAUGGCGGGGACGAUCUUGUAUCUUGUGAGCAAAGCUGGGGCAUACGUGGAUGGCGUCUCGUUAUGUGUAGACGGUGGCCGAAUUUUGGUAGCGAAUGGACAGGAAUGA